UAAAAAAACAUUUCCCAUAACCUUAUCAAUAUUGGUUUGAUCAGGUAUUUUACGAGCAAUGGUCCCUCAUUUGUAUAAGUACCGCCUCUGAGGAUGCCCAUCACGGCCCUUCCCCCAACCACAGUCCGGGCGAUUGGCUCAACAUCUGUAAUAUCGGACCCAUGUUCGGUUGUGAAGGAGCUGCUAGACAAUGCUUUAGAUGCUUCCGCAGCCUCCAUAGGCAUUGAGAUCUCUCCGAACACGGUUGAUGUGAUACAAGUAAAAGACAAUGGACAUGGAAUUCCUUCCAGCGACCAUGGUUUCGUUUGCAAGCCUGCCUUUACUAGCAAAAUCCAAACCGUUGAAGAUCUUCGAAACCUUGGAGGUAAGUCUUUAGGAUUUCGAGGAGAAGCACUUGCCAGUGCUGCCGAGGUAUCGGGUGGUGUAACUGUCACUACUCGGGUUGAGGCAGAAUUCGUUGGCACCUCCAUCAAGUAUGGAAGAAAUGGAGAGCUCAUCAGCUCUCAACGUGCAUCGCACCCGGUGGGCACGACAGUCCGUAUAAUUGAUCUUUUUAAACAUAUCCCUGUCCGGAGACAAACUGCUUUGAAGAACGCCACGAAGACUUUGGCGCGAAUCAAGAAGUUAAUACAGGCAUACGCUAUGGCGCAGCCCUUAAAGCGACUUUCACUAAAAGUCUUAAAAGCUAAAAACGAAAAUAAUAACUGGAUCUACGCCCCGGCGCGGGACGCAACAAUUAUAGGCGCAGCAUUUAAGGUUAUUGGGAAUGAUGUUACCUCUGGUUGUGUUGUCAAAGAGUGGCCCGCUGAAGGCGAUAUAAGCCUGGAACGAUCACAAGCAGAGUAUACGUCCCAAUUCAGGCUCUCGGCCCUUCUUCUGGAUCUCAAUGCCGAUUAUACAAAAAUGAGCAGCACUGGCCAGUACCUAACUAUAGAUGGUAGACCCAUAUCCAGCUCUCGAGGAAUCGGUCAACAGAUCUCCAAGCUAUAUAAGACUUAUCUUCGUUCGGCUCUUUCCCGCAUCGAGGGUAAUCCGUCAAUAACUGAUCCGUUUCUCUGUCUGCAUAUUCAAUGCCCUGAAGCAAGUUAUGAUGUCAAUAUAGAGCCAGCGAAAGAUGAUGUGCUAUUCGAGAAUCCCCAAAGACUUCUCUCACUUGUGGAGGACCUCCUCCGGAGUAUGUACGGUGAAAAGGAGACCCGUCGUGAGAAGCGAUCGAACUGUACAAAAGAUAAAGGUAAUAUAUCAGAUAGCAGUACAUUUGACCUCCUUUUAGCCCGAAGAAGCCCAUCUGAAGACUCCCUGCUUCCUACGAAUGCGGACCCAGACCUUCUUCCGACUAGCUUUAUUCCAGCUCGCUCUCUAGCUCAGCCAAAAAGGGUUUCGCAUGGUUCACACGUUAUAAGGAGCCAAGGCUCAGCCUCUCCUCGAAUGGAUGGAGGAUCAGGUAUUGAGAGCCGCAGAGGGUCAAACGGUCAGGUAUUUGGGAACCCAUGGUCUAUCACAAAGCGCGAUGCUCCGUCUCGCAAAGCCUGCGAAAAUAAAACAGUCCAUCGACCGACAGUGGAUAAGCAUUCACUAGUAUCCGCAGAAAGACGCAGGGGUUCACAAGAGACACCGCGAAGGUACUCAGCAGGUUCCCUUUUACCCAGUCCAACCACAUCAACGGCAUCAGCGUCGGAUUUUCCGCCAGAUUCACGAUCCCUUCGAGCUCCCCAGGCGUCUCCCACGAAUCCUUGCUGCGCAGAAGCUAAAAGGGCCUCGAGACAACGUGCCAGGGAAAGGUAUGGCAAUGGAGCUUUAGACACCUGGUUUGGGAAGACUACCCAUGCGGCAUUUUCCCGGAUGGCUACUGAAAAGCGAUCGGACGGCGAUCAGGAAGAGCGUCCGUUGAGUCAGUUAGCGCACGAGCGCUUUCAAUCGCAGGAGCAGUCAUCGCCUGAGUUAUACGAAAGUGCGAGCCGCGCAACGCCUACUCAGGAAGGCUCUCAUUCUAAUACCACUGAAAACCCAGUUGUUUCCUGUACUCCACCCCAGGAUCUUACUUAUAGAGUACCACUGCAAAGUUCAACUUCAGAAGUGAGGAGCAGACGUCAAGACUUUCCUGUUCUCAAUCAAUGGUCCUCCAGACUGCAUAACCAUUCUAUGAUUGAUCCAAAGUCGGAUCUAGAAACUGCCCUUGAUUUCGAGAAUCGAAAGAAGGAAGCUAUUCAAAAGAGACGAGAGCAAAUGAAGGGUCAAUCGAGACAAUCUAGCUCGACUAACUCACCACACUUGAGCAGAUACCUUGCUGCGCGUGCGGAUCUUCAUUCCGAGCCAAACGGAUCCACAGCCCCCAAGGACAAUUCGUCACCCUUCACAGAAGUCACGCUGAAACAAGUCUUGGACCCUCAUGACCCAAGAGCUUACCUUAUGCGAAGCCAGGACACAAGCCGACAGGUUGGGCAAUCGAAAGAUGCCAAAGUUCGCCGCAUUAACACCAAUAAAUUACCAUUUGAACAGAUACCAGAAGGAUCUAAGUUGCACGAUGUAGGUAUCAAUCUACCUGCUAAACUUCCGGACCUGUUUGUAUUAUCGGAGCAAGCAUAUAAGAACGAUCUAUAUACCCGGUGUGGAGAACCAUUCGAAGCAUUCUCUACGUCUGAUUUACAACCCAAUCUCAUUUCGCUAUGGACAUCUAGAUUGACCAUUUUGAUCAAAGACACAUACAACAUUGAGGGAUAUGAAAUUCUUGCACCACAAUUUGACUUUUCCGCCUUGACUCAAGCAUCGAGCGACUGCCGCAACUGAUACAUCUUUACCCAUCUAUCUGUCUAGAGAGCGACAUACAAACCUCGUGUCCAUUCGAUUUCCUUGGACUGAAUCGAUGAGACAGACUGUGUUACAAUUAUUUACGACACCUACCUAACAUGAAAACAAGAUACACCACGACAU